AUGAGUCAUGUGAAGUCCGAGGGCCUCCCCACGGUUGGGGUUACCCAGGAACUCACUGAGGGGGAGCCCGUUUACCCUCGUUAUAUAACGUCGAUGAUGUCAGCAUCUAUUCCCGUCGUGAUCGGCGUUGGCGAUAUCAAGAAUCGCUCAACUCGCUUGGAAGACGCAGUUGAGCCUUUGGAGCUUAUGCUGCAGGCCAUUGCGGCUGCUUUGAAAGAUACUGGAAUAUCCGCUCAAGAUGCGCAGACUCUUCAACGGAGCAUUGAUAGCAUCUCCAUCGUGGCCAAUUGGACAUGGCCAUAUCCUAAUACCCCAGAGCUCUUGGCCAACAGAUUAGGUUGCAAAGCUAAUUAUCUUCAUGAAAGCCAUCAUGGGGGUAAUGCGCCCGCAGAGCUGUUUGACGAAGCUUCCCGGCGCAUUGCUAGCGGCCAGAGCAAAGUCGCCGUUGUCACUGGUGGAGAAGCCCUUGCAUCAUUGGGCGCAUUCCAGGCUGCAAAAAAGUUUCCUCCUCCGGGUUGGACCCAUGUGGAUGAUACCACCUCUAUCUGGGAACGGACACGCAAGAGCAACCUGUCAAGCAACUAUGGACUCGGUCUACCAACGCAGGUGUAUGCGAUGUAUGAGGCCGCCCUUCGUGCGCAUCGGGGACAAAGUCCAGCAGAGAAUCAUCGCGAGUCGAGUGAACUCUAUGCAGAGUAUGCGCGCGUGGCAGCACAGAACCCUAUUGCCUGGAGCCACGGGAAAGAGGCCGACACAGCGGACGCUAUUGGCAAGAUUACGAAAAGAAACCGAAUGAUCUGUCUACCAUACCCUCUGGUUAUGAAUGCCUUUAACAAUGUCAACAUGUCAGCUGCAUGUAUCAUCACUUCGCUUGAGUACGCGCGCCAGCUCAGAAUUCCGGAGUCUCAAUUGAUCUUUCCCCUUGGAGGUGCGGGAACUCAUGACUAUGAGCACUUCUGGGAACGUAGUUCGUUCCACUCCAGUCGAAGCCUGUCUUCCUGUCUGGAUGCGACGCUAGCAGUCUCGAAUGUUAAGACUGACGAUAUUGACCUAUACGACUUCUAUUCAUGCUUCCCAAUCGUUCCCAAAUUAGCUUCUCUGCAUUUAGGCAUUCCUAUUUACGGCAGCAAGAGACCAACUACUCUGCUUGGAGGCCUCACUUCUUUUGGCGGAGCGGGUAACAACUACUCCAUGCACGCCAUCACGGAGAUGGUGCGCCAGCUCCGGCAAGGCAAUGGCCGUAUAGGCCUCGUCCUCGCAAACGGCGGUGUUCUGUCGCAUCACCAUGCAGUGUGUCUGUCUCGACACCCACGAGGCGAUGGCGCCCCUUAUCCGAAUCGAAAUCCUCUUCCCCGGCAUAUUAGCGAUGCCCAACCGCCUAUUGCCGAGAGUGUUCAGGGGAGCGCGAGGAUUGAGACAUACACGGUUCAAUACGACCGUGAUGGAUCACCUUUGGCGGGCUUUGUCCUGGGUCGCUUGGACGAUAAUGGCUCUCGAUUCAUCGCUAUCACAACUGAUGGUUCUACUUUGAAAGACCUUGGCUCAUCCACUGAGCAAGUUGGGAAGUCCAUUUGGGUGGGCUGGGACCAAGAGACCAGAAGAAACACUUUCAAAAUUCUGGGCUCCAAGAUAUAA